GAUCAAAGUGAUCACGGAGAUUAGUGUGAGGCAACCAGAAGCAACCAGUUCUAUUAAGAUAGAAAAACAGAUAGGCUUGUUUUUACAGACGGAGAGCCAUGGACACACUGAGGAAAGGUGCGUUUGUGCUGUCCGUGCUCGUGGUGCCUGUUUCCUGUUCUGGUGAUUUUUUCAGCGAACCAGUGAUCUGCUACUUCCUGGAUGCAUUUCUGAUAAUUUAUUGCAUCAUUGUGACAGGAUUCUUCUUCAGAGAAAAGUUUUCCAAAUACCCAGCUGUUGGAGUGCCUCAGGAGCAGGAACAAAAUGGCAUUUAUCAGGAACUUGAGAGACCAAAUGAUGCUGAUCCUUAUGAGGUGCUUGAUCCAUCAAAGCGAAAGAAAAAAGCUGGCAAGAAAAAGAAACGUGUGACGGAGAAGGACCCCUUUGAGUCUUUGAUUCCCAGUACCUCGUCUCCUCCUCCUCUGUCUCCCCACUGACAUCCUUUAGUGUGAGCAACGGUGUUGCUAAACACCGUUGCUCACAAUUACAAAUACAAUUACAAAUAACAAAAAUUCAAUCUAUUCUGUGCUUUCAGCUUCUCAAAUAUGAGGAUUUGAUGCAUUUUUUUUGAUUAGACAAAACAAUUUUUUUCUAAAGUCAUUUUGUAUUUGUGCUAUGCUGUGAUAAGCUUUUCUCUUACAUUAUGUAAUUAAAA